AUGGGUAAAAAAUCUUCGUAUUCAUCAUCGUCUACGUCUAUAUGGAGGUAUUUGCAACCUCGUUAUUACAUUAAGAGGCCUAAACGAUUGGCAUUGGUCCUUAUCAUUUGCGUUUCACUUACAUGGCUACUCUAUGACCGCAAAUCACUCAGCAAGGGACAACAGGAUGACAUUUCGAAAUUAAAAGAAGAUGUUACUCGAUUGCAGAAUUCACUGGAAGAUAUAAAAGGCCAUAUGAAAGACUCAACAGAAAUUAUUCAAAAUGAAGAUGAAGUGAAUAAAUUCAGUAAUGAUAUUUCUGUAGAAGAUGAUCCUCUUAGUAUACAGCGAAGAGAUAAAAUAAAAGAUGCCAUGCUUCAUGCUUGGACAUCUUAUGAAACGUAUGCAUGGGGAAGGGAUGAACUUAAGCCACUUUCAAUGGAUGGUGUUGAUAAUUUUGGCGGUCUAGGGGCUACUUUAAUAGAUUCACUCGACACAUUAUUUAUAAUGGGUCUUGAUGAUCAAUUUAAUAGAGCUAGAGAAUGGGUUGCAGAAUCAUUAUCUUUCGACAAGAACGUUGAAGUUAGUGUGUUCGAGACAACCAUAAGAGUGAUGGGUGGCCUUCUUAGUGCCUAUGAUCUCUCUGGUGACAAAGUUUUCCUUGAGAAGGCAAGAGAUAUUGCAGAUAAGUUAUUGCCUGCAUGGAAUACACCUUCAGGAAUCCCCUAUAAUAGAAUUAACUUGGCACUGGGCAAAACAAAUAACCCUACGUGGGCGCGGGGAAACAGUAUUCUUGCGGAUUCUGGUUCCGAACAACUCGAAUUUAUUGCUCUUUCUCAGAGAACAAACGACCCCAAGUACCAAGACAAGGCAGAAAAGGUGAUCAAGGAGCUUUAUGAAACAUUUCCGGAUGAUGGGUUACUUCCUAUAUAUAUUAAUCCACUUACUGGAACUAAAACAGGUGGAUCAAUUACCUUUGGUGCCAUGGGUGACAGCUUUUAUGAGUACCUACUCAAGGCCUGGAUACAAGGAAAUAAAACAGAAGUUGUAGCAUUUUACAGGGAAAUGUGGGAGAAAUCAAUGAUAGGCCUUCAAAGCUUGAUUAAAAAGUCAACACCUUCGUCUUUUGCAUACAUAUCCGAGAGGCUUGGAAAUGCAGUCUUUGAUAAGAUGGAUGAAUUAGCUUGUUUUGUUCCUGGAAUGUUGGCUUUGGGAUCUUCUAGCUACGGCCCUGAAGAAGCUGAAAAAUUUAUAUCACUUGCAGAGGAGCUUGCAUGGACUUGUUACAAUUUUUACCAAUCAACACCAACUAAAUUGGCAGGAGAGAACUAUUACUUUCGCCCUGAUGAGGAUAUGACGGUUGGUACCUCUUGGAAUAUCCAAAGACCUGAAACAAUUGAGUCAUUAUUUUACCUCUGGCGUUUCACUGGAAACAAAACAUACCAAGAAUGGGGUUGGAAUAUUUUCCAAGCAUUUGAAAACAAUUCUCGGAUUGAGACAGGAUAUGUUGGCCUCAAAGAUGUGACUACUGGUGGCAAAGAUAAUAUGAUGCAGAGCUACUUCCUUGCAGAAACACUCAAGUAUCUUUAUCUCUUGUUUUCGCCUUCAUCAAUCAUUUCCCUUGAUGAAUGGGUGUUCAACACGGAGGCUCACCCUUUAAGAAUUAUGACUAGAUUUGGCAAUGAAGAGAAUGGAGACCCAGAAGAGGUAUUUCCACGUCAUUUGCAUGGUAGAAAAGAAGGACGAAUUGAAUAUAAGUAG